AUGUUGUACGAGCUGAUUGCAAUUGUCCGCCCGGGCAGCCUUCACGAGGUCCGAGAAAUUGCCCGCAAUGCGGGAGUUCAAGUCCUCCGGUCUGGCGGCGUAGUCCGCGGUUAUACCAACUGGGGCACCUUCCGUUUGCCCAAGCCUACCACAAAACACCAGGCCAGAUAUACCGAAGGACAACACUUCAUCAUGCGCUUCGAUGCGGCGGGACCGGUGCAGAGCGCAGUCCGAAGAACCCUGGGCCUCGACCCUCGAAUGAUCCGUUUCUCGGUCGUGAAACUCGGUGACAAACUUGAAGAAAUCAAGGAUGUGGAAGGCAAAGUCGAGUGGAACAACGUCCGCAAUCUUUCUGAAUCGAUCUAA